AUGGAAGAAGUAGCAGUAGGUAAUUUUAUUGGAAUUGAUAUUGGAACGACAAGUGUUAAAUGUUGCAUUCUGGAUAUUAACAAUCGGAUACUUGUGGAAAAGUGUGUAACGCAUAAUGCAUGGCUAAAACAUGAAUCAAAUAUGUAUCGUGAACAGGAUCCGGUUAAAAUACUAAAUGUUUUACAUAAUUUGAUAAAAUGUAUGGAAAUAAAAUUAUCAUUGAAUGUGACUGUUAGUGUAACAGGACAAAUGCAUGGUAUUGUCUUUUGGAAUGGUAAUGAUUUAGUAAAAGGUAAAUUUAAUUGUUCACCAUUGAUAACAUGGAUGGAUGAAAGAGUACCAAAAGAAUUCCUCAAUUCACUUCCCAGAUGGGAUUGUGGUUAUUUACAUAUUGGAUUUGGUAUGGUAACUCUUGCAUGGUUACAUUCAUCUAAUCAACUUAAUACAGAAUGGACCUGUUGUGGUACCAUUAUGGAUUUGAUUAUUUGUUACCUUUGUCAAUCAUCUAAAGCAUUUAUUGGUAUUCAAAAUGCGUAUAGUUGGGGCUACUGCUCUUAUAGUGGACAUUGGACUGUAUCGGAUGAAUUGGUACCAAAACACAUACUACCAACAAUUUGUUCAACAGAGGUAAUUGUUGGCUUGGUAAAACGAGCUAAUUUUGGUUUACCAAUUGGUGCAAAACUUUUAGCAUCCUGUGGUGAUCUUCAAAGCACUGUUUAUCCGUUAUUAGAACCCGGAACAGCUGUAUUAAAUUUGGGUACAUCAGCACAACUCUGUUUUUUACCAACGAUAAAUCUUAUCGCUUCCGCUCCGCUUCUUACUGUACCGUUCUUUGGUAACUGCGGAAAAAAUAAGAUAAUCGUGGCCGCAUCAAUGAAUGGCGGUAACGCAAUUAAUCUAAUUGCAGAGAAAGUUGUUGAAUGGGCCUCACAACUUAUCUCAGAUAGAAAUGAUCUACAGGUUGAUUAUCAAAAAUUAAACGAUAUUUUAAAUGAAUGUAAAAAUUGCUCAUCGUCUACAGUUGAUAUUCAACCAGUAUUUCUACCUGAACGUAUAGACAAUGUUUCAUCAUACAUUUCCGGAAUCAAUUCAAGUACCACAAUUGAAGAGAUACUUCAUCGUACAGCUUCUGGAAUUGUCUCGAAUUUAUUUCGUCUUCUUUCACCUUAUCAACUUCGAGAAUGGGGCAUUGAACGUAUCAUAUUAGCUGGUAAUGCGAGUAAAAAUUAUUUCAUCGAUGAAAUCAUUCAACAAUGUCAGGGAUUACUCGAGAUUGUCGCUUCAUCUAAUGCAUGUCCAAAAUGCAGUGCAGCAUACGGUGCUGCACUGCAUGCAUUACACUUCACAAAUGCUAAAUGA